AUGGCCUCCAUAUUUCUGAUUACCAUAGUUUGUGCCAUGUUGUGCAUUAGUGCUUGGGCAUCAUCUGAAAGCAGUUUGCAAACUUAUAUAAUCCAUGUUGAAGAGCCCCACGCAAGUCUGCUCAACGAUUUACCGGCCUACUACGAAUCAUUCCUCCCUGUGGCGGACCCAUUGAGCUCGGAGGCCCCACGGUCGCGCAUCAAUUACUCCUAUCGCCACGUCCUCACGGGCUUCGCCGCCAGGCUGUCGCAAAACGAGGUUGAAGCAAUUAAAGAGAUGGAGGGUUUCAUAUCUGCGUGGCCGGACAGAAGCCUAUCCCUCCACACCACUCAUUCCCCUCUAUUCAUUGGCCUGAGUGCACCAAACACGGGUCUGUGGGAACGGGCCGGUUAUGGCAAAGGUGUCAUCAUUGGAGUGAUCGACACCGAGAUAAAGCCUGACCACCCCUCGUUCAACGGCACUAAAAUGUCGUCCCCACCUUCCAAAUGGAGGGGAACGUGCGAGUUCCAGUGCCCCUACCGCUGCAACAAUAAGAUCAUUGGAGCACGUGAUUUCAGUGUAGUAGACAAAAAUGAAACCCGCAACCCGCUUGACGAGUAUGGACACGGCACUCACACCGCCAGCACGGCCGCUGGAAACUUUGUGGAGGGCGCAAACUUUUUUGGCAACGCGGCUGGCACAGCCGCCGGCGCCGCUCCACAUGCCCACCUGGCCAUAUACAAAGUGUGUGGCAGCCACGGUUGCUUGACCACCGGCAUUGUUGCUGCCAUGGACGCUGCUGUGGAGGAAGGAGUGGACGUGCUCUCCAUUUCUCUUGGCUCUGCAACACCAGUUCAAUUUUACGAGGACCCAAUGUUGCAGUUGAGAGCAACUGUGGUGUUGCGAAACAGACAUAGCCGGUUGUUCAACGGCGAGGGUGCCUACCAACCAAAGGAUUUCCAGAAGGAAUUUCUGCCGCUUGUUUAUGCCCCAAACUGCACAAGACAUGAUUCAUUGAAGAGAAGCAAGGUGGAAGGGAAGAUAGUCGUGUGUGACUAUCCAAUUCCUGACAUAGCAACUGCAGCUGCAAUUAAAAGACUUGGCGGUGCUGCCAUGAUCCUGGCUAAUGUGAAGGAGGUGGAGAGAACUUUAACGGCGGUAGGUAACUCCCUCCCAUCUGCAAACAUCGAUUAUGAGGAUGGUCUGGAGGUUAAAAGAUAUAUAAACGCGACGGCGAAACCCAAGGCCAAGAUAUUAUUUAAAGGAACCUUGUUUGGCGACGAUCAUACACCAGUGGUUGCUUCCUUUUCUUCCAGAGGACCCAAAAUUGCAAGUCCUGGGAUUUUGAAGCCGGAUAUUUUAGGCCCAGGUGUAAAUAUCCUGGCGGCGUGGCCGGUCUCUCGCGAGAACAAAACUAAUGUGAAAUCCACAUUCAAUAUGUUGUCCGGUACCUCUCAGUCAUGCCCACACCUCAGUGGAGUGGCAGCGCUACUCAGGAGCACACAUCCUGAUUGGUCACCCGCUGCAAUCAAGUCGGCCAUCAUGACUACAGCAGAUGUUGUGAAUCGCGCAGGGAAGCCAAUCGAGGACGCGAAUUCUCACGAAGCUGACAUGUUUGCAACUGGUUCAGGCCACGUGAACCCACAAGCGGCAAAUGAUCCAGGUCUCGUGUACGACAUCGAACCCAAAGAUUACAUCCCUUACUUGUGCGGUUUGAACUACACAAACACACAAGUCGGUAUGUUUUGGAAGCACAACAAGGUGGAUUGCUCGAGGGUGAGAAGCAUACCUGAAGCCGAGAUAAACUAUCCGUCGUUUGUCCUUAAUUUCACGGGUGGUGAGCCGGUUUAUCAGAAGUAUACUAGGACGGUAACAAAUGUCGGCCUCCAUAAAUCGACUUACAGACUGACUGUUGUCCCCCCAAUUGGCAUCAAAGUUCUUGUCGAGCCCGAGACGCUCAAAUUCUCAAGGCUGAACGAGAAAAAGCAGUAUCAGGCACCCACGACCACAUCGACCUCGCCGCCUGCGCGGCGUUCGCGUGCCCGGCGCCGGCGAACGCCUACUCAGAUAACUGGGCGGAUUACGCGGUCGGGCUCAGUUGUUAGGUCCGGGUCGUGGCCCGAUUAG